UGAAGGUGACAGCCGCCGGAGGAGCCAGCCGUCAGCCCGUUUCAUUCACGUAUUUUUUUCAGCUCAAAAUGUAGCACAAGAUCGGUUUUAAAUGUUAUUUUCUAAAUGAAAGUAUCUGAAAUCAGUUGAUAUGGCUAUACGUUGCCGAAGAAAAUACUAUAAAUACGUGAAAUGUAUUAUUGUAAUAGGUUUAAUUGCGUUCUUUGUACAAAUUCUAAUAGCAAUAAAGUUUAUCCCUACAGAUAACGAUAACACGAUAAAUGGAGCUAUUUCCUUCGGAAGAGAUACCGGAGACGUGUCUGCACGGAAGUCUAACUUUGGGUAUGAAGACGACGAGGACCUAGCACGUAAAAGUACGAAGAAACACGUCUCGCCUCUCAGACUGCAGGAGCUGGACUUCCAGCCGCCUUGCGAGAUCACGUCCAGAGAGGCUAUCUCGGCGAUACAUCGCGCCAAAACUCAGAACUGCAAAAGAGAACUGGUUAAUAAAACAUGCCUCAUACAGAGUGGUACAUUUUACCCUAUUCAAUUAAAAAGUAGCUGUCCUAAUAAUGGACUGACUUAUGGAAAGCAUUUAGGCUGUUAUCAAGAUGAGAAGAAACUAAGAUUGUUGUCAAGCUUCUAUGGGAACUAUGCUAAUACCAAUUCCCGACCUGCAUGUUUAGAUAUUUGUGUGCAGGCUGGAUUUCCGUAUGCUGGAGUGCAAUAUGGUACUGAAUGUUUCUGUGGAGACACUGUGCCCCUGAGUUCAGCCAAGAUUGAUGCGGCUCUGUGUGACAUGAAGUGUCCCGCUGAUGCUGCCUCCACCUGUGGAGGCUACUUUACCAUGAAUGUAUUUGAGACUGGAGUUGCAAAAUUCCAGGCCCAGACGCCUGCUAGCACUAACAGUCCGGACAAGGCAGAGGAAGUGCGGAUAGUGUUCCUCCUCACCCUCAACGGGCGAGCGCUGAGGCAAGUGCACCGCCUGAUCAAUGCUCUGUACCGGACCAGCCACUACUUCUACAUACAUGUUGAUGCUAGGCAAGACUACCUGCACCGUGAACUAUCUCAACUGGAGAAGUCAUUCCCUAAUAUAAAACUAGCAAAGACUAGAUUCUCCACUAUCUGGGGCGGCGCGUCGCUGCUGCAGAUGCUGCUCGCCUCCAUGCGGGAUAUCCUCACACUGGGCUGGCAGUGGGACUUCGUCAUCAAUCUCAGUGAAAGCGAUUUCCCCAUAAAACCGCUAGAAAACUUGGAAAAGUUUCUAUCUCUAAACAAAGGCCUCAACUUCGUUAAAUCACACGGGCGCGAAGUGCAGAGGUUUAUAAAGAAGCAAGGUUUGGACAAGACGUUUAUUGAGUGCGAGACGCACAUGUGGCGCGUGGGCGAGCGCCGGCUGCCUCGCGGCGUGACCGUGGAUGGGGGCAGCGACUGGGUGGCAUUGUCACCUCGCUUCGUGGCCUACGUGGCGGGCGCGCCCGACCCCUUGCUCGCUGGCUUACACACGGUCUUCCGACACACGCUGCUGCCCGCCGAGUCCUUCUUCCACACCGCUCUCAGAAACUCAGAGUUCUGCAAUACAUAUGUGGAUAACAACCUCCAUGUCACCAACUGGAAGAGGAAGUUGGGCUGCAAGUGCCAAUACAAACAUGUGGUUGAUUGGUGUGGAUGCUCACCUAAUGAUUUCAGAACGGAGGAUUGGCCCAGAAUACAAGGGACGCAAGAUCAUCAGCUCUUCUUCGCCAGGAAAUUUGAACCAGUGAUAAAUCAGGAAAUUAUUACACGGGUGGAAAAAUAUAUAGGCUUUAGUGAUCAUCAUUUAAUUCCGAACUUGGAUGCUUAUUGGCAAUCCAUUUUUAACACAAAUGAUUUGACUGCCAGUACCGACGACAUAUUGCAGACUCACGCAAACGCCAUUACGCGACAAAAUGUUAAAAUAUUACAUGACGAAGGUUGCAGCAUGACUCCUCUGGAAAUUUUAGAAAUCAAUUCAUACUAUAACUCCGAUGUAUACAAAGGAAACAUCAUCCGGUACAAGGCUAUAAUGAAUGACAACAUUAAUCUCGUACUAGAAACCUGGUAUAAACCAAGACAUAAGUUUACAACUAGACCAGACAGCAGUUUAGCAGAGAACAUAAAGACAUUCAGAGUGAGUUCUGAAUAUGACCAAAAAGAAACUACUUUUAGAAAUUUUGCCAAUAUAUUGGGGCCCUUUUCUGAGCCAGUGUUGCUAUAUGAAUUGUCGCCAAACAUUGAGAAGAGAAAUUUAACUCUGGUGUGGGUGGACCCGGCAGGAGUGGUGGCAGACGUGACUGACAUUCAAAUAGAGGAAAGUAACUUAACCAAUUUUAUAAAACCAAACCUGAAGGUUCCCAUAUUGCCAGGAGUGUGGAGAGUCAGUUUAAGAGAUAAGGCCCAUUAUAUUGUACAAACAUAUUUCUUGAUUUCUCCUCUGGAGUAUUUUUCCGGAAAAGAGGUGAGUCCGCAAGAAGCCAGUAUAAUUCACAGCGGCUCUCAUGCAUCAUAUAAGAACCACUCAAAUCAAAAAGUAGCGGGUGAUGUACGCAAAGAAGACGUCCUAUUAUUGAAAGAUAUAUCACAAUCGAAUUCUAAAAGAGUGCAGCAUGAUUUAUUAAAGUGGAUAGAUAGUUUAAAUGCUUUAUUUUAUAAUGUUUUAGGUACUUGUGUAGAUAUAUAUUCGAACAAAUUAGAAAAUAUUAGUACAUGUGGCUCACAUUCUUUUAAAGACUGUAAAUUAAGUAGUUGGAGUUCCCUGUCUCCAGACCCUAAGGGUCAUGUGGGGAAGUUAAAUAAUCUGACUGGUCGCUUGGAGAGAGUAUGACAUAUACUGUAAUUUUUAUAACAUCACCCUCUAGUCCAAAGUUUAAAACUAGGCCUAAAAUGUAUUUUUUAUUUCGUACUUACGGCCAAUUUUUGUACACUACAUUCUACUUUAUUGCCAUUGUUGAAGCUACUUAUACUUAUUUGUAGGUGUAGGUAUACUGUUAAUUUACCGUCGUGUUUUAUAAUUUAACCAUGUGAGCUUUAAAUCAAAUCCUCAGGGUUUUUACACGGAUUGCAUUUUAUACUGUAUAUAUUUAA